GCCCACCUAUCAGCACGACCAUCAUGGCUCCUUCGGUGACGUUAAGCAGCGCAAAAAAGCCCAAGUCUCCCGCCGAGGUGCUCUCUCAGCUCAGUGAGGACGCCUUGUCGUUGGGUGUCACAUCGUUCGACGUGUACGGCGACUUCAACACCUCAUCGUCCCCAUCGUGGCUACGCACGUUCCAAGCCGAAGUAGCUGCGCGACUGGGCAAGCCCCGCGCUCUGUUUGUGCCAUCGGGAGUCAUGGCCCAAGGCAUUGCGCUCAAGAUUCACGCCGAGACUACCCAGCGAAACUCAUUUGUCGCAAGACACGACUCGCACUUGCAUUUGCAUGAACAGAACUCGUUCUCGCACCUCCUGAACCUCGAAGCUGUCAUCAUUCCACCGCCAUCUCCUUCGUCCUGCUCCUCCCCCGACGGUUUUCACCCCAGCCUUUCGUUUGACGAAGUGAAGUCCCACCUGGGCGAUCCGUCAUCGCCCCCCGCGACUUUGGUGCUGGAAUUGCCCGAGCGCGAAAUCGGCGGAAAGUUGAUUCCAUUCGAUCAGCUCCAACGCGUAUCCCAACUUGCACGUAGCCGCGGCAUUGCCUUCCAUUUGGAUGGCGCUCGUCUCUGGGAAGCCGAAGCCGGCUACCCCGAUCAUUCCCUCCACGAAAUCACCGCGCUCUUCGACUCUGUCUACGUGUCCUUCUACAAGGGCCUGGGCGGCAUCACUGGCGCCAUAUUGCUCGGGGACGAUGCCUUUAUCGACGCCGCCCAAGUCUGGCUCCGACGAUUUGGAGGCAAUUUGUUCACCCAACUGCCGUACGCAGUCUCGUCGUGGGCUGGGUUCCGUCGGUAUCCCCAUGCCGAGUUUGUGGCUCGACGUCGUCAACUACAAGCGGUGGUGGCGGCAGUGUCGGAAGCCGUCCCAGCCAUCCGUUUCGACCCUCCGGUCCCCGAUGUGUCGAUGGUGCACAUUCACUUGCCUGGAUCCGUCGCGCAAGUGACCGCUGCGCGGGAUGCAGCUGAACUUGCCACCGGAAUCCGCGUGUUUGCAGCCGCGCGUCCGUCGAAAGUCGACGCCACCAAGAGUUACUUCGAGCUCAACAUGGGGCCAUUCAAUUUGGACAUUCCCCUCGAGACUUGGGUACGAGGGUGGACAGCAUUUGUCGACGCGUUAUUGCACCCACCGACUGUCUAAAGUGAUCGCGGCUGUCGGCUAGCCAAGGGCCAACACGUCUAAACACAAUAACAAAAAAUAGGUGUUCAAAUCACAUUAAAAACAACGCAUAGAGUAUGUAUAUAUCCA